AAACAUGGCCGCCGCCCCUGGCGCCCGGCAGGCACUGCUCCCGUGAGCUGCUGGCUGGCUCGGGGAAGGAGGACGGAGACGAGGUUCACGCCCGGGCUCCGAGGGGGCGCGCGGCCCCGCGAGACUCGGGCUGGGGCGGCGUGGCUCAUGAGCCGGCGCCGGAGGCAGCGCGGAGUCGCAGAAGCCCCUGGUCCCGGCGCGGCCCCGGCUGCCGCGGGCUGAGGAGCCGCGGGGCUCCGGGAGGCGCGCCCGCGCUGCUACCAUGAACCCGGAGAAGGAUUUCGCGCCGCUCACGCCCAACAUCGUGCGCGCCCUCAACGACAAGCUCUACGAAAAGCGGAAGGUGGCUGCCCUGGAGAUCGAGAAGCUGGUCCGGGAGUUCGUGGCCCAGAACAACACGGUGCAGAUCAAGCAUGUGAUCCAGACCUUGUCUCAGGAGUUUGCCCUGUCUCAGCACCCCCACAGCCGGAAAGGGGGGCUCAUCGGCCUGGCCGCCUGCUCCAUCGCACUGGGCAAGGACUCAGGACUCUACCUGAAGGAGCUGAUCGAGCCGGUGCUCACCUGCUUCAGCGAUGCCGACAGCAGGCUGCGCUACUACGCCUGCGAGGCCCUCUAUAACAUCGUCAAGGUGGCCCGAGGCGCCGUGCUGCCCCACUUCAACGUGCUCUUCGACGGGCUGAGCAAGUUGGCUGCUGACCCAGACCCCAAUGUGAAAAGUGGAUCUGAGCUCCUAGACCGACUCUUAAAGGACAUCGUGACGGAGAGCAACAAGUUCGACCUGGUGGGCUUCAUCCCCUUGUUGCGGGAGAGGAUUUACUCCAACAACCAGUACGCCAGGCAGUUCAUCAUCUCCUGGAUCCUGGUGCUGGAGUCUGUGCCCGACAUUAACCUGCUGGACUACCUGCCGGAGAUCCUGGACGGGCUCUUCCAGAUCCUGGGCGACAAUGGCAAAGAGAUCCGGAAAAUGUGUGAGGUGGUCCUUGGAGAGUUCCUAAAGGAAACGAAGAAGAACCCCUCCAGUGUUAAGUUUGCGGAGAUGGCCAACAUCCUGGUGAUCCACUGCCAGACCACGGAUGACCUGAUCCAGCUGACGGCCAUGUGCUGGCUGCGGGAGUUCAUCCAGCUGGCCGGCCGCGUCAUGCUGCCCUACUCCUCAGGGAUCCUGACCGCCGUCCUGCCCUGCCUGGCCUACGAUGACCGCAAGAGGAACAUCAAGGAGGUAGCCAACGUCUGCAACCAGAGCCUGAUGAAGCUGGUCACCCCCGAGGAUGACGAGCCCGACGAGCCCAGGCCGGCAGUGCAGAAGCAGGCAGGCCCCAGCCCUGAGGACUGCGCAGCCACGCAGGAGGGGGCAGCCAGCGGAGGGCCUGAUGGUUCCUGCGACUCUAGCUUCAGUAGCGGCAUCAGUGUCUUCACUCCAGCCAGCGCAGAGAGGGCCCCAGUCACCCUCCACCUGGACGGGAUCGUGCAGGUGCUGAACUGCCACCUCAGCGACACGGCCAUCGGCAUGAUGACCAGGAUCGCCGUCCUCAAGUGGCUCUACCACCUGUACAUCAAGACGCCCCGCAAGAUGUCGCGGCACACGGACAGCCUGUUCCCCGUGCUCCUGCAGACGCUGUCGGACGAGUCUGACGAGGUUAUCCUAAAGGAUCUGGAGGUGCUGGCAGAAAUUGCUUCUUCCCCCGCAGGCCAGGCGGAUGACCCAGGCGCCCUCGAUGGCCCUGACCUCCGGGUCAGCCACUCGGAGCUCCAGGCGCCCACCCCCGGCAGAGCCGGCCUGCUGAACACGCCCGGUACCAAAGGCUUGGAGUGUUCUCCUUCCACCCCGACCAUGAACUCCUACUUUUACAAGUUCAUGAUCAACCUUCUCAAGAGGUUCAGCAGUGAGCGGAAGCUCCUGGAGGUCAGAGGAGCCUUCAUCAUCAGGCAGCUCUGCCUCCUGCUGCACGCGGAGAGCAUCUUCCACUCGAUGGCGGACAUCCUGCUCCGGGAGGAGGACCUCACGUUCGCCUCGACCAUGGUCCACACCCUCAACACCAUCCUGCUGACCUCCACUGAGCUCUUCCAGCUGCGAAACCAGCUCAAGGACCUGAAGACCCCGGAGAGCCGGAACCUGUUCUGCUGCCUCUACCGCUCCUGGUGCCACAACCCCGUCACCACCGUGUCGCUCUGCUUCCUCACCCAGAACUACCGGCACGCCUACGACCUCAUCCAGAAGUUUGGGGACCUGGAGGUCACCGUGGAUUUCCUCACGGAGGUGGACAAGUUGGUGCAGCUGAUCGAGUGCCCCAUCUUCACAUACCUGCGCCUGCAGCUGCUGGACGUGAAGAGCCACCCGUACCUGAUCAAGGCCCUGUAUGGGCUGCUCAUGCUGCUGCCACAGAGCAGCGCCUUCCAGCUGCUGUCGCACCGGCUGCAGUGCGUCCCCAACCCUGAGCUGCUGCAGACCGAAGACGGUGUGAAGGCGGCACCCAGGUCGCAGAAAGCAGACUCCCCGGGUAUCGACUACGCGGAGCUGCUGCAGCACUUCGAGCGGGUCCAGAAGCAGCACCUGGACGUGAGACACCAGCGGAGCGGGCGCGGGGACCACCCGGACCGGAGGGCUCUCCUCUGACGGCCUGGCGCGGAGACCGGCCCUCGGAGUGGGCCGUGAGCACUGGGGCUCUGCAGGCCUCCCCGCGGCACCCAGGGCUCUGCCUCGGGGGCAGGGUGGUGGGCUGGAGGCACUGACCACCAUGCUGCUCUCAGCCCAGCCCCGGGCCCCCAGCACAGCCAGCUGCACUUGGGAUCAGACAGAGCUGGCUUCCCACCAGGGUGGGGCCGCAACCUCAGACAUCCCCGUUUUCUGGAAUCAGGUUCUUUCUAACGCUCUCUUAUAAAGAGCUUGACACCCCCCCCCCCCCACAAGCCCACCAGAGCUCUGACCUCAUGCAGAUGUGUGUACAUACAUGUAUAUGCGUCUGUGUGCACAUAGGGACCAGCACAGAGAUUCGUAUGAAGGACGCACCCCAGCCCCAAUAAAGAAGUGACAGAAAACUCUA